AUGGCUACUAUAGUCACCCGCCAGACUCGACCCGAGGCUAUCCUCGUCGUCAUCUUCCUCAUAGUAGCACUGUACAUGCUGCUUACGGGAAGAAGAGGUUUGAAGAAGAAGACGUCCAAAACCAGAGCUGAGGGGUCAGCCGGAGACGCGACCAGUUCUGAUGUUGACAACCGGGAUGAUGGCGAUGAUGCCGCAUCUCCUGCCAGGCGUGAACGCGAGAGAAAAAGAGACAAGGAAGAAGAAGACAGAAGGAAGCGAAAGAAGGCGGAGCAGGCAUCGAGAAGAGAUGAGACGGGUACUUCGGACACAAACACAUCAGCUGUUACAACUCCCACAUCUACAGACGACGUUGACAAUGAAGAGGCCAAAAAUGCCAAAAAGGAGCGCGAGCGAAAGAGGCAAAAGGAGAAGGAGAAGGAAAAGAGGAGGAAGGAGAAGGAAGAGAAGAAGAAGAAAGAAGAGGAGGAGAAGGCAAAGAAGGACAAAAAAGCCAAGGCCACACCUGAUGACGACGACUCUCCUCAGCUUCCUUCCAUGCCUGAUCGACCUAAACCAGAAGGCGAGCUCUGGAAGAGCCCGGCCCCACCAUCAUCUGCGUCAAGCAGCCGUCCCACCACUCCCGUCCUUCUGGAGCGCAAUGCCGAUGGGACUUGGAAGCGUCCGCCUACGCCCAAAGACGGUAUCAAAUUUGACGAUGGCGGCAAGAGAGGCAAGGAAAACAAAAAUUACAACGUGUAUAGUAUCUAUGAUACACCGGUCACGAUGUAUAAUCAAGACGGUCUAGAGCAUGCCAAAAAUCAUGAGUCCCGUUCAAAAGGCGGAGACGACGAUAUACUUUACGGCAAGCUCGAUGGCUCAGAGUCGCCGUUGAAAGGGCUAAAAGAGACAGGCAAGCUCAGUCAAAAGCUGCUUAGCUUUAUGGAGAAGGCAGAGUACCUAGCAUCUCAAGAUCUGCUUCUAAACCAGACGUUGGGGAGCGAUAUCAAAGCCAUGGCGUUGAAGGACCAAUGGCUCGAUGGGGCGGGUCCGAUACCCGAGAUCAUCGGUGAGACGAUUCGGCAGUUGUUGCUGGAGAAACACAUGGAUGUGACCAAGUGCCUGGAAGAACGAUCAUGUGUCAACCCAAAGACAAGUGAGGCGGGCGCCAAAGUCGGCAAGGCGAAUGCGCAGCUCAAUGAAUUUGCCGGUUUCUUAAUCAAUGCCGGAUACAACGUGGACGACCUGCGCGAAGACCUCAAGUUGUAUAAAUGGAAAGAAAUGACCUCGGAACAAAUCAGAGAGCUCGUCCGGACGUGGGUAGACGAGCAGAUCAAGAAAGGGCGGGGAAUGUCCCUCGUGGCGAGCUUUUUUUUGCCCUACUACCGAGCGACUGUGUCCUACAAAAGGGCGCAUAUCGGUAAGGGGGUACCCCCCAAAUGGGAGGAGCACCUUGACUCUCUAUCCAGGCAAUUGAUUGAUUGGUUUCGGUAUAUCGGCAAGGCAUUCCUGGUCUCCAGGAUGUUUUCGUCGAUAGGAGCGGAUCUGGGUGACGGGAAUAUCAGAGUGAGCAUAUCCCCGAGAAGGUCCGUGGUUGGGUUCACCAUGGACUUUACCAUUUUCACUCCCGAGCCUACGGCGGACGAGUUAGAGAAGAGAAAGAAGUUGACUCGGAUGCUCGCAAAGUCCAACGCAGAGGCACCCAUCCUCAGAGUCAAAUAUCUUGCUCUUCGAUGGGCUGAUCAUCUGAACGAGGACGUAUAUCCUCAGCCUGACGGGCGAAAGUUGUUCAGCGAGAGUAAUCCUUUCCAUAUCACGAGGGUCACCUUCAGACCUGGUUUGGAGAGGGCCACUGUAAACUCUGCGGCGCUCAAGCUGGCCACAAGCGGUGCAAGCACUCCACGUUUACCGCCAAAUGCCCCCCCCAAACGCGAUUGGAAGAUCAUGCCUGUUUCGUCCCAGGCUAUGGCGGAGGAAUAUGAGCAGCACAAAGCUACAGGCCUAACGGAGGGUUUUGCACGAACCUUUCGAGCGAUGAACGCUGUAUUUGUCAGAUUCGUCAACAAGCGCCAGUACCAUUGGUACAAGUCGAGCGAUGGGAAAUUGGGCGACAUGAUUGACGAGUCCACGUUCAGCAUCCUUUUAAUGCUCUGCAGCACCGGGCUGUUCAAGUAUCACUUACAGCAGAAGUUCAAAGUCAAGGGCUCGAAGGAAUAUACAGAUGAUGAUGGCGCCGCCAUGGAUUUCGAAUAUGAUGCGAAGUAUGGUGUAGCCCAGACCAUAGAUCUGGGAGGUAUGGUUCCGCUUGAGAACGCAACCACUACUCAGCCUCAGAUACUGCCUCUAAAUGACUUUAGAGGGCUCAGAGGGAUCCUGCUGCCUCUGCUGUUGCGUAGCCGGCACAAUAGCCGAUCAUUCCCUGCCUCAUCCUCUCUUGUCAUCAAUGAGAAAUGGGGACUCUUCAAGUGGCUUUGCGGACCGAGAGCGAUCACGGUGACGUUCCACGCCCGGGACACCAGCGAGAAGGAGAAUCUUGUCCGAGAGAUUCUGGAGGCGAUGAGAGAGGAGAUGAAGGGAUGGGCUUUGGAAGCGACCUCGGGUGGAUCGUCCGACAGUGAGGCGAAGGGCGCGUUGAGGCAGAGAAUAGACGAGGCGAUCGGGGUGAUCCGGUGGAGGGUCAAGUUCAUCGUGUUGGGCGACAAAGAGCAGUACCCUGUAGAUGAGAAGGAUGUUGAGGCAGAAGGGUUGAAGGACUUUGAUGUACCGGAGGAGUAUUUGCCUUCCUUACUGCGAUAG